CGUGCCAACUGAAAUAUAAAACAAUCUUCCGUAUCAAUGUUUGGAUGGGCCAUUCAGUGAACAGUUCAUUAAGCCGAAGUUUACGUUUGUUAUAAAAGUUUGCGCAACUUUAAUAUUGAAGUUAGUGGUGCUUACCGUGUCAUAUUAACAAAAAGAGUCACGAUGCUGGUUGACUAUAAUAAUAUCAACAUUCCCCACUUUAUGGACUCCAAGUUUUUUGAAGCUACAUUUAAAAAUGGGUUUCCCGGGAAACUCAUCAAAGUGAAAAACAUCUUUUUCACAAUGGGGCCCAAACUAGGAGAAAAUUAUGUCAGCCACAUUUACAGAGCAGACGCAACAUAUAACGAUGGAGAAUCAGAAGACAAAACGAUAUCUCUCAUCAUAAAAUCUCUUCCCGAAGGUGAACUUGGGGCUCAUUUCGGAGAAAUGGGAUUAUUUACUCGAGAACGCGAUAUAUACAUACAUUUUUUGCCGAAAGUGGAACGCCUACUUAAUGGUGUAACUAUUGCUCCAAGAUUUCUGUAUUAUACUGAGCAGCCAAUGGAAACGUUAGUCUUCGUGGAUGUUUCACCACUGGGAUAUGUCCUUGCCGACCGCGUUCGCGGCUUAGAUGAGAAGCACUGUAGGCUAGUCUUUGAGAAACUAGCUGAAUUUCAUGCAGCUUCAAUGGUUCUUGCGAAAGAGCAACCAAAGGAAAUAGGUGAAAAGUUCAACGAAGAUAGGCUUAUCGAUGAACAGAAAGUGAUGGGAAAUAUGUUUAAUCAAAAUUUCACGCAUUUUGCCAAAGUGGUGGAAACAUGGCCAGGAUUCAAGGACACUUCGGAAAAACUCCGCAGAUUCAUUUCAACAAUCCCGCAGAACAUGGCCAAAUGGUGCGGCCCUGCUGACAAAGAAAUAAAGGUCCUGGCUCACAAUGAUCUAUGGGUCAAUAAUAUAUUGUUUAAGUAUAAGGAUGGAGAACCUGUCGAUCUUUACUUUAUUGAUUUUCAGGCGUCGGUGUAUUCGAGCCCUGGUAUCGACUUCACCCAUUUCUUGUAUACGAGUCCCCAGUUUGAUAUUUUGGACCAAAAACGGGAUUUACUGAUCGAAGGGUACUACAAAAGUUUCAAGGCAACUUUAGAGAAUUUAGGAUACAGUCCUAUUCCUACUCUGGAGAAUAUUCUUGAAGAAAUUGAGAAACGAGAAACGGUUGGUUUUAUAUGGGCCGUGGUGAAAUUGUUCCUAAUUUGCAUGGAUCCAAGUGAAUGUGGAGAGAACAGUUUGGAAAAUUUGAAUGACAAAGACAAAGGAGAGAAAAUUCGGGAAAUUGGGAUGUCCACGAAAAGAUUUGUGUCUACGAUGCAAUAUGUUUUGAGAAGAAUGGAGAAAAUUGGUGUUUUGAAAUAAAUUAAAUACUCGAAAGCAAUACA